UUGGUUGGUGUAGGUGAGCCAGUUGUAGAGUAACAUUUUAGUACGGAUCCGUGAGACACGAUGCGCUGGACCCUCCGGAAAAGGCUCACUCCAAUUCGCUUGUUUUCUACUCCUCAGUGAGCUGCGGCGGCUGCGGCGCCGUCGCUAUUGUGCGCCGGUGGCGUGUUGAAGGAGUGGAGAGUUGAGUAUAGCUCCGCUCUGUUGCUGUUGCUGAAUCUGCGAAGAAGUAGUACAGUGUUGAGGUUGAAUUGGGCGGAGGGGGAAAUGGAUCCGCAAGGUGCGUCGAUGAUGAGCGACGGAGGAGCAGGUGGAGGCGGAGGCGGUGGUGGAAGCGGAGUUUAUAAUAAUUUUGUGGAGAUCUGGCAGGGGUUUCAUAUGAAUGCUGGUGCGGCGUCGUAUAUCGGCUUGGAUCCUAUGGUGAUUGACCCGAGAUCAAAUCACCAGAAUCCAUCCAGGAAGCGGCGAGAUGAAGAGGAGCAGUACGGAAGGGGAGGAGCUUCCACUAGCAACAGCAAUGGCGGAAAUCACCACCAAAACAACGAAUUGCUUGCUGGUUCCCUGAUUGCACUCUCUAAUGUAUUUUUGCUUUGGAAGAAUGGAGCUGAUGGUAAAAGGCUGAAAUUGUUGGGUUUGAAUGAGAAUCAAGAAAGUAGGGUAGAAGCCGAAGGAAAUUCGAGCAAAGCAGCAGAGCAGCUGGCUAAAGCCGAAGCACCUAAGCAAGAUUUUAUUCAUGUUCGAGCAAGAAGAGGCCAAGCAACUGAUAGUCACAGCUUAGCUGAAAGAGCAAGGAGAGAAAAGAUAAGCGAGCGGAUGAAAAUUCUCCAAGAUUUGGUCCCUGGUUGCAAUAAAGUUAUUGGCAAAGCGCUCGUUCUCGACGAGAUAAUUAAUUACAUUCAGUCAUUGCAACACCAGGUCGAGUUUCUGUCGAUGAAGCUUGAAGCUGUCAAUGCAAGAGGGACUAUGGAUGGAUAUCCUUCCAAAGAUCCAAACCUUGAAGCUCCUGGCAUCGCAUUUGGCUCUCAGACUGCAGGUGAAUACGCGCAGCGCCCGUCGCCGGAAUGGCUGCACAUGCAGAUCGGCGGUGGCUUCGAGCGAACAUCAUGAACUCGACAAGAAUUCCUAUGAAUACAAAGAAAUCAUUGAGCAGCAGACAUUCUUCGUCGCAUCGGAUUAGGUACGCCUGUCGCGAAACUCGAUCAGUUUUCGACUUCCAUUUAUGAGAUAAAUAUAUAUAUAUAUAUAUAUAUAACAUAUAUACAUAUGUGUAUCAAGACAACUCCAGAUGCAGAAAUAGAAUUGAUUAGAUGCUAAAGAGAAACAUUGAUAGAAUCGAUCAUAGAGCUACUACUACAUGUAAUUCACAAUAACAUGCAUCAAUGGAAUAAAGCUUCCAUCAAUUGUAUUACGUAUUUUAUUAGUUUUAUUCCUAUAUUCUUUUAGCAAUAGGUUAGCAUUCAUUUGUA